UAGCGAUGACGUUUUCGACGGCGACAAAUUAAUGGUCAAUUGUAAAUUGUUGAAUAGUUACUAAAUCAACUACCGGUAUUUGUUUGUGCUCGGUUCUUAUUAUUAUGACGUCUACAUUUUCUUGUGUAUACAUCUUAUGAUAGGAUAGUGUUCACUUAAAGGUAUAUUGUGGAAAUUGUAUUUUGGAACAUCACAUCAUGUCUGUCAUCUGUGCGGUUUGCGCAUUUUUCCUAUUGACUUCUGUAAGAGCCUUUUAUUUACCCGGCUUGGCUCCAGUGAAUUACUGUCGAGUCGGAGAAGAUAAUGGGAAAUCGUGCAAGAAUGAAAUACCACUGUAUGUGAACAGAUUAAAUACUGAAGAAUCUGUAAUCCCAUUUGAAUACCAUCACUUUGAUUUCUGCCUUUCUGAUGAGACUCAAUCACCUGUUGAGAACCUUGGUCAAGUGGUCUUUGGUGAGAGAAUACGUCCAAGCCCAUAUAAAAUCAAUUUCCUUGAUAAUGUUGGCUGUAGAGCUCUAUGUCAAAGGACAUACAAGGCAUCAGAUCCGGAGUCUAUCAAGAAACUUAAUUUGCUCAAAAUGGGAAUGGCCCUGUACUACCAGCAUCACUGGAUCUUAGAUAACAUGCCCGUGACUUGGUGUUAUUUAGUGAAUGAUGGAGGCAAGACUUACUGCAGUACUGGUUUCCCAAUGGGUUGUCAAAUUCGUAGGGAUAUGGACACGUGUGCACCAAUUGUCAAUACAAAACCUUACAAAGUGGGCACUUAUUUCUUAUUCAACCAUGUGGAUUUGGAAAUCACAUAUCAUAGUGGUAGGGAGGAGGAGUGGGGAGUUGGAUUUGGGGAAAAUGGUGGUCGAAUCAUUUCUGCAAAGGUAAAACCGGCCAGCAUUGAUCAUCAGAAAGCAGGGAAAUUGGAUUGCAACUUCCAAACACCAUUAGAAAUACCAAACACACUCACAGAUGAUAUUGUUGUUACCUACUCAUACAGUGUAACCUUCAAUCCUAAUAAUUCCAUUAAAUGGUCAUCAAGAUGGGAUUACAUUCUGGAGUCAAUGCCCCAAACAAAUAUACAAUGGUUCUCUAUAUUGAAUUCACUUGUAAUUGUAUUGUUCCUCAGUGGAAUGGUUGCUAUGAUACUUUUACGUACUCUACACAAAGAUAUAGCGAGGUACAAUCAGAUGGAAUGCGGGGAAGAUGCUCAGGAGGAGUUUGGCUGGAAAUUGGUACACGGUGACGUGUUCCGUCCGCCGCGUCGUGGCAUGCUGCUUGCUGUGUUCCUUGGUUCAGGAUCUCAAGUAUUUGGCAUGACAUUGGUGACUCUUGCAUUUGCCUGCCUCGGUUUCCUAUCGCCCGCGAACCGAGGAGCUCUCAUGACAUGCGCGCUGGUGGCAUGGGUAUUGUUGGGUGCAGCUGCUGGCUAUGUCAGUGCCAGGAUAUAUAAGAGUUUCGGCGGUAGAAGGUGGAAGAGUAACAUACUGCUGACGUCGAUGGUUUGUCCCGGUGUGGUGUUCUCUCUAUUCUUUAUCAUGAACUUGGUGCUGUGGGGGAAGGGUUCUUCAGCAGCGAUACCAUUUUCGACACUGGUGGCGCUGCUAGCACUCUGGUUUGGAGUAUCUGUGCCACUCACCUUCAUUGGUGCUUACUUCGGAUUUAGGAAGAGGAUACUGGAUCAUCCUGUGCGCACAAACCAGAUACCACGCCAAAUACCCGAGCAAUCGCUGUACACUCAGCCCAUCCCCGGGAUAGUGAUGGGUGGCGUACUUCCGUUCGGAUGCAUCUUUAUACAGUUGUUCUUUAUUCUCAACUCUCUAUGGUCCAGUCAGAUGUACUAUAUGUUCGGUUUCCUGUUCCUCGUGUUUGUGAUUCUUGUGAUCACAUGUUCCGAGACAACGAUUCUUCUCUGCUACUUCCACCUUUGCGCCGAGGACUACCACUGGUGGUGGCGGGCUUUUCUGAGUUCCGGAUCUACAGCUGGCUAUCUCUUUAUCUACUGCUGUCACUAUUUCGUCACUAAACUAAAUAUCGAGGAUGCGGCCUCAACUUUCCUCUACUUUGGAUACACCUUCAUAAUGGUAUUCCUGUUCUUCUUGCUAACCGGCACCAUUGGAUUCAUGGCGUGCUUCUGGUUCGUAAGGAAAAUCUAUAGCGUUGUUAAAGUCGACUAAUUCAAUGUGGUAUUAAAUUUAAGGAACAGAAGCGUUAGUACAGUGGUAAUGAAAGUUUUCUUUCAUCAUUCAUUCAUAAAAUUGCACACAAUGAUUGUUUCUGAAUCCUUGAAGAGCAUGUUAAUGAUCAAUCAAAACUUUCAUCUUUGAUGUUGGGGACACAUUUGCAUCUGAACAGAUACAGGUAAAGUGAUUGGCUAUGUUAGAGUUGAUAUGAUCAAUUAACUUCAUAUUCUGUAAGUUAACAUAUCACUAAGUUUUUAUACUAUUGGCCAUACUUAAAAUUAAUGUCAUACGAUGCAAAUGUGGCUGGAGCAUUAGAUUCAAAUUUACAAUAUGUAUAUUUGAUUCUGCGAAGGAUAUAAAUUUAUGGUAGUUACAAAGGCAGUGACGUCCGCUAAUGGCAAUAGUGAUGUCGGUAGGGCUAUCAUUAUUAUGUGAGACUGCUGUACACGAUGUGUUUAAAUGUAAAAAAAUUAAAGUUUAUAUCGAAAUUAAAUCGAUAAGUCACGUAAAUUUUUUUAGUUAUCAAUUUGUUUUCAUAUUUAUCUGUUAGUUGUUAGAUGUAAAUAAGUUUAUGUAAAAGAAACUCUUAUUCGAAUUAUUUAUUGUUCAUCCUUGACUCGUCUGCACAAUGCAUAUUUAAUAAAGCUGAUGAGGCGAUGGAUCCAUAGCUACGAAUGUUAAUAAUUGUCAGAAAGAUCGUACUUAAAGUUGUCAUCAGUUCAGUAAAAAAAAAAUUAUUUCCGACAAGUAACAUGAUCUCGGAAUAUCCGAGUGGUUUCACCUUAGUCCAUACCUUAUGUUUUAUCUGGGAAUGAGUCGGCUGCUGGCUACUAUACUUUCCAUAAUGCCAAAGAUCGACAAAGAUGAAUAAAUAAUAAAUCAGAGAUAAUGUGCUUAUGAAUGUACGUAAAUAUCUAAAAGUUACAUGAGUACAAGAAAAUUCUCCUCCACCGAGGUGAAUUGAAGAACUCAAUUGUAGCACAAAUAAACUGCUUGCACAUGGUACAUGAGUUUUGUAAAAUGAAUUAUCGAUUUAACAUUAUUUAGAACAUAAAUAUGAUUUGUGAACAUAUAUUUGUUACUAAUUAAUGGACCACGAGGCAGCCCGAAUCAUACUAAAAGUAUAUAAAAAUAAUAACUAGACUAUUCCAAACACCAGUUGUACAAAUAUUAGAAAUAUGUAAAUAAAAAUCAAUCACAUUUUUGUAACAGAUUUUGAAUUUGUUUCGUUAAUAUUAUAUUUUACGUUACUAAUAGUUGCUAAUUAAAAGACGAAGAAUACCAACACCAAGCUUCUAUUGAGGGAAGAGCAUAAUUGCAAUAACCAUAUAUAGAACCACAUAGCAAUGACGUUUUGUUCAAAUUAAAUAAAAAAAUAAUAUAGCAAAAGAAUUUGUGUUAAUGAAUUUAAAAAAAUGCGUAGACAAUAAUUUGGCAACACAUAUUUACCUAUUUAUAUUCCAUCUACUUCAUAUGCGAUACUCUAUAGUAGCAGGUACCUGCUAGAUACGUCAAGUUCAAUGUGGUGCAAUUUCAGCUACAUUUUCUUAAGGAUUCUGUCAGUAUUUAUAAAUCAUAACAGGUUCUUAGUUCCAUGGGAAUUCAAAUGUGAAUGAUUCCUUGAUGUUAGAUUUUGUUACAUCAUGUCACUCGUUUUUAUUAGGAAAAAAAUAGUAUAACUGUGUACUAUUAUUAUAAUUAUUUCUGUCUGGCAGCCCUUUUGUUUUAUUUUUUAUAUAUAUAUCUAUAUACUGCAGUGCAUUUUGUUGGGAAAAAUAAAACAAUUCAUUGGCUGUCUAUGACAUUCCUAUCAAAUUGGUAUCACAUAUUAGGGACUAGGUCUGUCCAUUUAUCAUUUAAGUACGUUAUGUGUGUAUUUAUUACGAGAUUUAAUUUUAAACUAAUAUUAUGUUAAAAAUUAUGCUUAACUGGAACAGUUGAAUGUAAACAAUAAA